CCCAAUUUCGACUUUAUUACAACAAUGUUCUUCGAAGCCUCGUCCAGGGAAUACCACAAGUACAGAAUGUUUCCGGCCAACAGCAGCGUCUACGCAAAUACAAUCUAAUCAGUCAUGUUGCUUUGAUGUGAAACCGCAAAAAUUUUGCCACCCAUUCUUCGCUCGAUCUUCGCUCAAUAGCAGUCAACAAGAUGAAGUUAUUUUCAGCUUGAGCACGUAUAUUCCACUAUUUCAUGCCCUGGCAUCACUAAACCAGUCAUCCUGUGUAGCACAGUUAUCAGACUAUCUUUGCCUGAAAAAAUUCCAAUAUUGUGAUAUGCCCUUGGAUGAGGGAAGUGGUGGAUGUUCGCCAGGUAUUUUCAAGGUAUCCCGUGAACAUUGCUCGAACAUCACAAACACUUCGUCACCUUGUUCUUUGAGUCGUAUCAACACCACUCUUCAAAACGCUGGAUAUAAUAUUCCAAUAACAAUGACAGAUUUUGACUGCUCGACAUUACAGCCCAUUCAUGUUGAAGAACAUUCGUUAAAUAUUUCACAGUCCCAAAUAAUAAUAGAUGGACUUCUUAUUCCACGAUUAACGAAUUUUUCAAUAUCAAAGCCAAGUUCAAGGAGCUUUAACGUUAGUUGGAAUAAUUUACCAAACACGAAGGAGAUCAAGCAAUAUGGCAUAUUGUGGAGAAAGAUAGUGGGAGCUGAUUCUUCAAGUGGGGAAACUAAUUAUCAGCACAUUCACUCCACAAAGAAAUAUUAUAUAUUCAACAAUAUUUCAACUGCAAAUUCACAGUACGAAGUGUUAAUAACAGCGAUAGGACAGGAUGGAAUUCCGCAACUGUUUACCACCGUUAAUUUUCUAAGCAAAAGUUUUUGUCCGGGUGAGGAAGUCGGUUCUCCAGACGCAUAUGGGAUUUUCCAGUGGCCAGAAACUCCAGUCGGAAACGUCACUACACUUGCUUGUCCUUAUAACAAUCAGUCUAUCGCGAGUCGGGAUUGUUUUUCAACAUCCGAAACAGAAAGUGGAGGUUCUUGGGGGGCGAUUGUAGUUACGAAAUGCAAAUAUAAAGACUCGCGGAGUAAAGAUCUUUUCAUUUUAUCACAGAAUGAAGUUAAUAGUAGCAACGUUGUAAACAUCACUAAAGAGUUAAGAGACUUGUCUUCCACUAAUCGAAACAACACUCUUAAUCCUGGUGAUAUCGACUAUAUUGCUACCACAUUAGAAAAUAUUGCUCUGGUGAAAGAGAAAGCAAACGAGAUUCUUGACGACUUCCUCACAGCUGUAGAUAAUGUGCUGGACACCCAACUUAAAAAUAUCCUAAAGAGUCAACAGAAUCGGAACUCAUCGUCAAGGAUUGUUGAAACUCUGAACAUCUUUGCAGAAUCAUUAGUUAUUGGCGCAGAAGGCAAAAUUCAGACUGCGAAAAGAAACUUCGAUAUUAACUUAGAAACGGUGGAGUCACAGAAUUUUAGCGGACUUAAUUUUUCGGGUAUUCAAAGGAGAACGAAUCAAUCAGAAAGGAGAAAUAAUAUUUUGAAUAAACAGAGCAAUGAAGUACGACAUGUCUUAUCUCCUUCACUCAUAAUUCCACGAACAAUAUUCAACGAGUCAACGGAUAAAAACAGUUCUGCAAACCAGACAGUGAUAUUUGUGCUCUAUAGAGAAACAAAAUUUUUUAGAUUAUCAUUGGCGGAUACCAGCAAGACAAAGAGUCGCUUGAAUAGUCUUGUAAUUUCUGGAAGUAUUGAAGGGUUGUCAGUUUCAAAUUUGAGUGUCCCAGUGAACAUUGCAUUACCUAGCCUCGAAAGAGGUGACACGAAAAGCAUCCAGUGUUCUUACUGGGAUUUCAGCGCAGGAAAUUGGUCGCAAGAAGGUUGCAAGUUUGAACGCGUUCUUGAAGAUCGAAGAGUGCUUUGUAGUUGUAAUCAUUUUACCAACUUUGCAAUGUUGAUGCUUGAACUUCAAGGACAUAGCUCCAGGAGAGAAGACUGUAUACAUGACAAAAUACUUGGUGUAAUAAGUUACGUUGGCUGUGCCCUCUCAUUUGCUGGGCUCAUCUUGACAAUAAUUACAAUACUAAUUUUGAGGGAUCUGCGAAACCAAGUUCCAAGCCAGAUUUUGCUGAACUUCUGUAUUGCUUUGUCGUUGACGAUAAUUGUCUUCUUGGCUGCUGUUGAGAAGUCUAGGACAUCAUCACUGGCUGGCUGUCGGGCAGCAGCGAUCGCCCUUCAUUACUUCCUGUUGUCAGCAUUCUUGUGGAUGGCAGUAGAAGCGUAUAAUAUGUACUGGGCAUUUGUGAAAGUCUUUUCCGCUCCGUCCCAAUCAAGGCUUUUGCUGAAAUGCUGUGUGUUUGCAUGGGGUACUCCUUUUGUAAUCGUGGGUAUAACAAUGAUAGCUGCAUUAGAUAAAUACGGUGACGGAACCUAUUGUCGAUUGCAAGGCGUACCUUUCUUUGUGUCAUUUCUAACUCCAACUGUUCUUAUCAUCAUUGGUAAUAUCGUGGCUUUUUGCUUCAUCAUUCGAUCGAUGGUCACUUCUGGUGCCAAGGUUACCUCUGACAAGAAAACAACCGGUUACCAGCAAGCAAGGCGGGGAAUUGCAAUUAUGGUGCUGCUUGGUUUGACAUGGCUUUUUGGCAUUCUCACUAUUGGCGAUGCUAAACUGGUGUUUCAAUACCUUUUCUGCAUUUUCAACACACUUCAAGGGCUGUUUGUGUUCAUAUUUUUUGUUGUUUUGCCCACUGGAACAAGACGACAACUAAAAAAACUCGGAAAAAGAGUAAGUUAUAGUAAUCGCCGUAAUCUUAAGCUUCAAAAUUUGGGGGAAGACAGCUCCCAGUUCAAUAAAAAUGUUUAUUCCAAUGACAUUACAACGUCGACAUCUGGUGCACUUGUGUCAACAAGUCAAAAUCCGACUCUUGCCCAUCCAGCAAUUGAAAAACCUUUAAAGAGUGCCAGUGAUUUUGAUGAAGGAAAUGAAGACAUCGACCAUGUUAACGACGUACUAGAUCAAAAAUCGCCUAACGAGGUAUGGUUAAACCCAAAUUUGACUCGCUACAGUGUGAGGAGGAAUGGACCAACUUAUACCACGACCAUUGAACUAACUAUAAAAUAAACCCUGGCUAAGCACUAGUUUAUAUUUGUCUCCGAAAGUAUAGUUAUGUGAUUUUUCACUGAUGUAUAUCCAACAUAAAAUAAUUUCAUAAUUAGCAGCAUCUAUAUAUGGGGACUCAUAGAAAUUCUU